UUGCUACAGAAGACACCUUAGAUCAGUGCUUAAAUAUCUUGAUGAUUAAUCAAUUCUAAGAACAAAUAAGCUCUAUUGAGUGCCUUUUUGGUUUUUUUCCCCCUAUUUUGCUCAAUGGGAGAAUUGUUUAUUUUCUUCCAUUUCCAUUAGCACUCCUCAAAAUUUGGAAACUUGCUGUUUGCGUCAUGUUCAACAGAGACUCUAUUCCACGAGAUCUUGGGGGUACAGUUGCUGGUUUGUCGCUCGGAUCAUGCCUGAGUGAAUUAAAAGCGAAAGUUCAUGCGUUCUGUGUAUGUGCUGAUCCUAAUUUUUUGUAUGACUAUGUUCAAUGCCUACUUGAUGAACUCCAUGCAGGUGUUAACUCACACGAUAUAGGCCAUAGGUCUUGGCUAUGCUAG